UUUAUUUCAUUUUUCAUUCUUUCACUUCCACUUUAAUUCUGCCAAUCCAUGCAUCCCAAUUCAAAUUCGCGCGAGCUGAUGCAGGACGAGCUGGCAUGGGCCGCGCAGCAGAUAGCCACCAUUGUAGGCGCCACUGCAGAGGAUACGCAGCCGCUGGCCAGCUUCCUCAGCACCAUCCCCACGGCCGCCGAGCUCCAGUCACAGGCACUCGACAUGCUCGGCGAAUCCCCACUAGCCCUAGAAUUUGCCUCGACACUUUUGUACAAGCGCUUCCCGCCACCGACAGCAGCGGCCAUAGCAGAAACAGCAGCAACAGCAGCAACAAGGGCGGAAUCAACAAGGACGAAUCCCCCACCGCUGCCGCAACGGCAACAGCCAAAACAGCCGCAGCAAAACCAACAGCGGCCGCAGCAAAAUCAGCAGCAGCAGCAGACAAAGUCACAGCGCCAGAUCAAAAAGGAACAACAGGCGCAGAAAUUGAAAGAGCAGCAGAAGAAACAACAGGCCGCUCGCAAGCGCGUAAAAUGCGAGUGCCAGGCCACGGAUCACGAACUGCUGACCAACUGCCUCGAGUGUGGCCGCAUAGUCUGUGCGAGCGAGGGACCUGGGCCGUGCAUGUUUUGCGGGAACGACGUGCAGGGGCCUGAUCAGCAACUUCAGCAGCAUAUGCGCCGGCUGCUUUACCGUGCCAGCAACACCGAGCAGCCCGAUGCCAUGACACAAACGCCCUCCAAGGCACCUGCAGCAGCACCAGUGGUGCCAAAGCCUGCCAACUCGUACAGUAUGAAGGCCGGUGGCGGGUUGGCCAAAGCAACUGGUUCCGCUGCAUUACUCUGGGACGAGCCCGCUGAGCCAGCAUUGGCGGCCUUGGUGGAUCCGGCUCCGGUGCAGAAGAGCGCAGACGAGGUUUCCGAGACCGAGUACCUGCAGCUGGCGUUCCAGGCGCUGGGCAUUGACCCGGCAUCCGGUGACCCGGCGCAGCUGGGGCAGGCUGAGGCGUGGGCGGUGGCAACCAGACGCAAGGAGCGGCUGCUGGAUUAUGACCGCACGGCGGCACAGCGCACGCGGCUUAUUGACGAGGCCGCGGACUUUGACCCGCAUGCUGCGGCUACGUGGCUGAGCCCCGAGGAGAAAGCGCAGGCUGUGGAGAUGCACCGGAGGCGCGCAGAGGCCUUGGAGGAGAGGCAGGCGAAUGAGCGGCGUGGCAUGCGUGUGCUGAGACUCAAUUUGGCCAGUGGUGCCGUCGAUAUUGAAAGGCCCGAGGAGACCCCGUUGCCUGCCGCGUACCAGCCCGAGGCGAUCAAGCCGAAGCCUAGGAAGACCGGCGAUGGCAUAUUUGCGCACAAUCCGCUGCUGGCAGGCGCCAUCGAGCCAAAGUUUGUCCUGGUUGAGGAGACCGCUGCUGCGGAAAAGCCUGCCAAGAAGCAGAGCAAGAAGCAGGGAAAGAAGGCUGACCCCAAACCCAAGCCUGAGUUUGAGCCUGAGCAGCAGGCUGCGAACCAGCUUAAGCGGAUGGCUGCACGCCGGCAGAUGCUCCGCAUACAGACCGACUUGAUCGACGAAAUUCAUUGAGAUUCAUUGAAAUUCAUUGAAAUUUCUUUGGUGUCCAAUUAAAACCAUCGCUUUUAUUUAUGGAAUACAAGAAAAUUAUUUAAAAAAAAUUGGGCUUUCUAUUUUUCUGUUUUUCUAUUUUUUACUUUCUUUUCUUGGCUUUACUGCGUCAUGGUGCCGCUAUGUGGGCGCACAUUCCCCCCAAAAUAAAAAAUCAGUUUAGCAAGAUUCUACACUUUCGCCAAAGAGGAAAUAAAAUAUAUAAUAAACGUUACACCCAAGCUUUUCUUUUCCUUUUUU